AUGGCCAAGAUCAGUCAAGACGUUUCUUCUUCCCGUUCUAAAGCUAGAAAGGCUCACUUCUCUUCCUCUUCUGUUGAAAGAAGAGCUUUGAUGUCAGCUCCAUUAUCUAAGGAAUUAAGAGAACAAUACAAGAUCAAAUCUAUCCCAAUCAGACAAAAUGACGAAGUCUUAGUUGUCAGAGGUUCCAAGAAGGGUUCCGAAGGUAAGAUCUCUUCUGUCUACAGAUUGAAAUUCUCCAUCCAAUUGGAAAAAUUACAAAAGGAAAAGUCCAACGGUGCUUCUGUCCCAAUCAACAUUCACCCAUCUAAGGUUGUUAUCACCAAAUUACACUUAGAUAAAGAUAGAAAGUCUUUAAUCCAAAGAAAGGGUGGUAACGCAGAAUAA